AUUGAAAAUGCUAACGAAGCAUUUGUGAUGCAACUGUUGAAAAAAUUAUGGUAGAGAUGCAGAAAAAUUUCGCUAUGAUGAGGUGCGAGGGCAGUAGGGAAAGCGAUGUCUUGUUUUCAUUUGGUUUGAUCACAGACAUCCAGUACGCAGACAUUUGCGAUCGACAGAACUACCAGAAAACAAAAUGGCGACGAUACCGAAACGCUCUUACUUGCCUUCGAAGAGCUGUUUCUCAUUGGAAAGAUGCAAAGAGUUCUCCAGCCUUCAUAGUGCAACUGGGAGAUAUCAUUGACGGCUUUAAUGCAAAUUCAAUCGACGCUAAUGACAGCGGAAGAAACCUCUCUAAAGAAGCUCUCGAAGCCGUGAUGAUCGAGUUCUCCAAACUUCCGGAUGGUGUACCCGUUUUUCACAACAUGGGAAAUCAUGAGCUCUACAAUUUCUCUCGCCAAGAACUUGAACGAUCUGUUCUUCAUCCUUCAAACAACCGUCACACCGCAGCAUUUCUAAACAGCGAUGAAAGAGCUUCAUUUGUGAGGCUGGAAACGAAACCAUUUUAUUUCUCGUUUACACCUCAUCCAAAAUUUUGUUUCGUUUACCUGGAUAGUUACGACAUAAGCCUUCUUGGCGUUGACGAAAGCAGCUGCCAGUAUAAAGAAGCUCGUGAAAUAAUACAAAGACAUAAUAAAAAUGAUGAUCUGGACAGUCCUAUUGGUCUCUAUGGCUUAGAGCGACGGUUUGUGAGGUUUAAUGGUGCGAUCAGCACAGAACAACUGUCGUGGCUCGAAGCUACUCUGAAAACUGCCGAAGAACAUGGCCAAAAGGCUGUGGUAUUCAGCCAUGUCCCUAUUUACCCUGGAUUCACAGACACCAUGACAUUAUUGUGGAACUACCAAGAUGUUCUGGAAGUGUUAUGGCAAUUUCCUUGUGUGAUUGCAUGUUUUCAUGGCCACACACAUCAAUACAGUUAUGCAGUUGAUGAAAAGGGUAUUCACCAUUAUAUUUUUGAUGCUAUUGUGGAAGCUCCUUUAGAUUCCAAUGCAUUUGCAACCCUCCAUGUCAAAGAUGAUUCCAUUGACAUUGAGGGCUUUGGAAUUAUAGAAGAUCAGGUGUUGAAAUUUUCUCACUAGAUCGCACAGAGUAGCAGGUGAGGCAAUCAUUAGAAAAGGCGUAAAUUUUAUGUUUCUGCGUGCAGAGAGAUGAUAGCAUGACUGUGUCUUGUGAUCUGUAAUGAACAAAAUUGAGCACCUUGGCUCUACUGGGGCUUUUUUCAUCUACUAUUCAUUUAUGUAGUAAAACAUAUAGGUGAGUGGUAUAAAGGAGAAGGAAGCAUGCUAAGGACAGUGAAAAGGGAAGCAGAAAUAAGUAAUACCCUUCUCAGCAUCUGUUAGUUUUCGUUUUCAUUUUUAUCAUUUUUAUUUUCUAUCAUUUAUGGUGCUACUUAUUCCAAGUGAUUUUUUUUGUCUAGAAGGUAUCUCUCAUGCACUGAUUCCUGAUCUAAAAAAACAUUUUCAUGGUAUUCUUUGGUUAAAUUCUUUUAACUUGGCAAAGUUUCCAGUUGUGCAUUACUUUAAGGGAUUAUCAGAAUUUAGCUUUAAUUUAGAAAAACGGGGUAACUCCCUUGUGAAGUAAUUGAUGGAGAUUGAAGUUGACAAGUGAGCCAGUGCUUUUCUGUUAUGAAAAUUUAAUGGCUCUCUGAAUAUUUGUUUUUAUUUCCAUCAUUGUCAGAGAGCUAAAGUGUGUAUCUGUUGCUCACUGAGCUGGGAGUGUGUGUCUCAAAGUGAUCAGUACUAAAUGGGUACAGGAAGGAGAAUGUGGAAUGCUUUUGUAAGAGGGAUAAGACUGAUAGUUUUGGUUAAUGAAUCAGAUAUUGUGAAAACAGAUGAUGAUGAUUUAGAAAACUUGUGCAAUACAUAUGCUUAUGCUGUUUUUUUUAGACUGUACUGUAAGAUUCAAAUCAAAUGCACUUUUACAUUACUUUACGGGUAAGUUUGAUGUUAUUGUAGGAGAUCAUUCUCUUAUUACCAUUUGCAUUUGACAAUGGUGACAUGUCAUUGCCAAAAUGUCAUGUUUUUAU